AUGGCCGAGGGCGCGGCGGGCAGGGAGGGUCCCGCGCAGCCGGACGCGGCCGGGUGCGAAGACGACCCCCGAGUGGGCCCGGACGCCCCCUCCGGGGACGGAGCGGCUGUGGCCCCUGGGGGCCGGUGGAGGGAUCGUCGCAGCGGGGUCGCGCUGACGAGCUCUGCAGGGGCCCCGGCUGACAGCGAGGCUGGCCUCCUGGAGGCGGCGCGGGCGACCCCCCGGCGCAGCAGCAUCAUCAAGGAUCCUUCUAACCAAAAAUGCGGCGGAAGAAAGAAAACCGUGUCUUUCAGCAGCAUGCCGUCAGAAAAGAAAAUCAGCAGUGCGAGCGACUGCAUCAGCUUCAUGCAAGCUGGCUGCGAACUGAAGAAGGUCCGGCCAAAUUCUCGUAUUUACAACCGUUUUUUCACUCUGGACACAGACCUCCAAGCUCUUCGCUGGGAACCUUCCAAGAAAGACCUAGAGAAAGCUAAGCUUGACAUUUCUGCCAUAAAAGAAAUCAGACUGGGGAAGAACACAGAAACAUUUAGAAACAAUGGCCUUGCUGACCAGAUUUGUGAGGACUGUGCCUUUUCCAUACUCCACGGGGAAAACUACGAGUCUCUGGACCUAGUUGCCAAUUCGGCGGAUGUAGCGAACAUCUGGGUUUCAGGUUUGCGGUACCUGGUUUCUCGAAGUAAGCAGCCCCUUGACUUUAUAGAGGGCAACCGGAACACGCCGAGGUUCAUGUGGUUGAAAACAGUGUUCGAAGCAGCAGAUGUUGACGGCAAUGGGAUUAUGCUGGAAGACACCUCUGUAGAGUUGAUAAAACAACUCAACCCUACCCUGAAGGAAUCCAAGAUCAGGCUAAAGUUUAAAGAAAUCCAGAAGAGCAAAGAAAAACUAACCACACGAGUGACAGAAGAGGAAUUUUGUGAAGCUUUUUGUGAACUUUGCACCAGGCCGGAAGUGUAUUUCUUACUGGUACAGAUAUCUAAAAAUAAAGAAUAUUUGGAUGCUAAUGAUCUCAUGCUCUUUUUAGAAGCUGAACAAGGAGUUGCCCAUAUUACCGAGGAUAUGUGCUUAGACAUUAUUCGAAGAUAUGAACUUUCUGAAGAUGGCCGUCAGAAAGGGUUUCUUGCAAUUGAUGGCUUUACCCAGUAUCUGUUGUCACCAGAAUGUGACAUUUUUGAUCCUGAGCAAAAAAAGGUUGCUCAAGAUAUGACCCAGCCAUUAUCUCACUACUACAUCAGUGCUUCUCAUAACACCUAUCUCAUAGAAGACCAGUUUAGGGGGCCUGCUGAUAUUAAUGGGUAUGUUAGAGCUUUGAAAAUGGGCUGUCGAAGCAUUGAACUCGAUGUAAGUGAUGGUUCAGACAAUGAACCCAUCCUUUGUAAUCGAAAUAAUGUGACAACACACCUUUCCUUUCGAAGUGUCAUAGAGGUGAUAAACAAAUUUGCCUUCGUUGCUUCUGAAUACCCACUCAUUCUUUGCUUGGGAAAUCACUGCUCCCUACCCCAGCAGAAGGUAAUGGUUCAACAAAUGAAAAAGGUCUUUGGCAAUAAGCUCUAUACUGAGGCACCUUUGCCAUCAGAAACCUACCUCCCAUCACCAGAAAAAUUAAAAAGAAUGAUUAUCGUCAAAGGAAAGAAAUUGCCUUCUGGCCCAGAUGUUUUAGAAGGAGAGGUCACAGAUGAAGAUGAGGAAGCGGAAAUGUCUCGAAGGCUGUCAGUAGAUUACAAUGGUGAGCAGAAGCAGAUCUGGCUGUGUAGGGAGCUCUCUGAUUUGGUCUCUAUCUGUAAAUCUGUUCAAUAUAGGGAUUUUGAACUGUCCAUGAAAAGUCAAAACUACUGGGAAAUGUGUUCAUUUAGUGAAACAGAGGCUAGCCGAAUUGCAAAUGAAUACCCAGAGGAUUUUGUAAAUUAUAAUAAGAAGUUCUUAUCAAGAAUCUAUCCAAGUGCCAUGAGGAUCGAUUCCAGUAACUUGAAUCCACAGGACUUUUGGAAUUGUGGCUGUCAGAUUGUGGCAAUGAAUUUUCAGACUCCCGGUCCAAUGAUGGAUCUUCACACAGGCUGGUUUCUUCAAAACGGAGGAUGUGGUUAUGUUCUAAGGCCGUCCAUCAUGCGAGAUGAAGUUUCUUACUUCAGUGCAAACACAAAGGGCAUCGUACCUGGGGUGUCUCCUCUAGCUCUUCAUAUCAAGAUCAUCAGUGGUCAGAAUUUUCCAAAGCCCAAGGGAGCUUGUGCCAAAGGAGAUGUCAUAGAUCCUUAUGUUUGUAUAGAGAUACAUGGAAUUCCAGCAGACUGUUCAGAACAAAGAACUAAAACUGUACAGCAAAACAGUGAUAACCCUAUUUUUGAUGAAACUUUUGAGUUUCAAGUAAACCUACCUGAGCUGGCCAUGAUCCGUUUUGUUGUUCUAGAUGAUGACUACAUUGGGGAUGAGUUUAUAGGACAAUAUACAAUACCAUUUGAAUGUUUGCAGCCUGGAUAUCGGCAUGUUCCCCUGCGCUCUUUUGUGGGUGACAUCAUGGAGCAUGUAACCCUUUUUGUCCACAUAGCAAUAACUAAUCGAAGUGGAGGAGGAAAGCCACAGAAGCGCAGCCUGUCAGUGAGAAUGGGGAAGAAAGUUCGAGAAUAUACCAUGCUCAGGAAUAUUGGUCUUAAGACCAUAGAUGACAUCUUUAAAAUAGCAGUUCAUCCUUUACGAGAAGCCAUAGAUAUGAGAGAAAAUAUGCAGAAUGCCAUAGUGUCUAUUAAGGAGUUGUGUGGACUUCCUCCGAUUGCCAGUCUGAAGCAGUGUCUGUUGACCUUGUCCUCUCGGCUCAUCACCAGUGACAAUACUCCCUCAGUCUCUCUUGUGAUGAAAGACAACUUUCCUUAUCUGGAGCCUCUGGGGGCAAUUCCAGAUGUGCAGAAAAAAAUGUUGGCUGCCUAUGAUCUGAUGAUUCAAGAGAGCCGGUUUCUCAUAGAAAUGGCAGAUACAGUCCAGGAAAAGAUUGUGCAGUGUCAGAAAGCAGGGAUGGAAUUUCACGAGGAACUUCAUAAUCUAGGGGCGAAAGAAGGCUUGAAAGGAAGAAAACUCAACAAGGCGACUGAGAGUUUUGCCUGGAACAUUACAGUAUUGAAGGGCCAAGGAGAUCUGUUGAAGAAUGCCAAGAAUGAAGCUGUAGAAAACAUGAAGCAGAUCCAGCUGGCGUGCUUGUCUUGUGGACUUAGUAAGGCACCUAGCAGUUGUGCCGAGGCCAAGAGCAAACGCAGCCUGGAAGCCAUAGAGGAGAAGGAAAGUGGCGAGGAGAACGGGAAGCUGUGA